AAAACUAAAUCAAAAUGUUCAAAUUCACCGUUGUCCUGUUCGCCAUCAUUGCCUGUGCUGCUGCCAAGCCCGGUUUGGUUACUCCUUUGGCUUACACCGCACCCGCUGCUGUUGUUGCUGCCGCCCCAGCUCCAUUGGUUACUGCCACCAGUAGCCAAUAUGUUGCUCGCAACUACAAUGGUAUUGCCACCGCCCCAGUUGUUGCUCCCGUUGCUGCCCCUGUUGUAGCCAAAACUGUUGCUGCUCCCAUUGUUGCCAAGACUUUCGCUGCCCCAGUCGCUGCUGCCGCUUACUCUGCUCCAGUUGUUGCCAAAUACGCUGCCACUUAUGCUGCUCCUUUCGCUUACUCUGCACCGUUGACUUAUGCCGCUGCUCCAGCUUUCUUUUAA